AUGACCUUGUGCCCACCAGUGACUUCUGUCCCCAACUUUGAGAACCACUGGGCUAAUCCUGCCGCUUAUGGAGGAGUCUCUCAAGACCAUUCCAAGAUUAUCAACAGCACCAAUGGGACCAAUGGGUUUCUCCCAGGCGGCUACACCUGCCCUCCCCACUCUCAGCCCUGGCAGGCAGCCCUGCUGGUUCAGGGGCGGCUGCUCUGCGGGGCAGUCCUCGUCCACCCCCGCUGGGUCCUGACCGCAGCACACUGUCUGAAGGACGGAUACAGAGUGUCCCUGGGCAAGCAUAUCCUGGGGCACGAGGAGGCUGGAGAGCAGGUGCGGGAUGUCGCCCGCUCCAUUCCCCACCCUCUGUACCGGAGUAGCCCCACUCACCUGAACCACGACCACGACAUCAUGCUGCUGGAGCUGCAGUCGCCCGUCCGUCUCUCGAGCCACAUCCGCGUCCUGCCUCUCUCCCACAGCGACUGCCUCCCGGCUGGCACCUGCUGCCGCGUGUCUGGCUGGGGCACCACCAUCAGCCCCCGGGUGAGUUUCCCACAAGCCUUACAGUGUGCCAACAUCCAGCUACGCUCAGAUGAGGAGUGCCGGCAAGCCUACCCGGGGAGGAUCACACGCAACAUGGUGUGUGCCGGCUCCCCCGAGGGCGGCAAGGACUCCUGUGAGGGCGACUCGGGAGGCCCCCUGGUCUGCAACGGAAGGCUCCACGGUAUCAUCUCCUGGGGAGACUUCCCCUGCGGGCAGCCCAACCGGCCCGGCGUCUACACCCGCGUCUCUCAAUACAUUUCAUGGAUCCAAGAAACCAUCCGAGGACAGAGACCCCGAGAGCAGGAAUGGACGAAGGGCCCACAAUAAAAGUCGGGUUGACUGACCCACCUCCUCACUCCCUUGGAGCCCUCCUUCCGCAGCCUGCCCAGCCCUCCCCGGCCCCUCCCAGGGCGUCCCGCUUGAACUGGCGAUCCGUGUUCCCAGCGUGUCACACCCCGGAUAUGACAUUCCGUGUUUCAAAAGCACUCGGUCCCCGUCGGCAUCACGGUCUACCAGACGUUGUAUCCCUGAAACACCCCAGUCCCCCCGAGAGUCCCAACCCGGAUACUUUCCGGGUC